CGUCUAGUCCGGUGUCUGGAAGCCGAAAACCGAGCACUGUCGAGGGGUCUAUCUGACUGUCAACCGAGCUCCCACGGCAGUCAUGGCGGCGCCGUUAGCCCACUUCGAUGAGGACUGGCAUGACUUUAACGAAUUCAAGCCGUCCUCGGGGUCGGCCGAGCAGCUGGACCAGCUAAAUUCAAACGUGGGCGAUUCGUCGUCGGGCCUAGACGAUUUCUCAGACCUGGACAACAGUUUCUCGGGGGAGAUCUGCAGCUUCAAAUCGAUGGAGGACCUCGUCCACGACUUCGACGAGAAGCUGACAGUGUGUUUCCGAAACUACAACACCACGACGGAAAACAUAGCCCCCAUUAAACCUAUCUCAGAGGACAGUUACUUGAAAGACGACGAAGUGUGGACAGCUCUGACAGAUAACUACAGCAACGUGAUGCCAGUGGACUGGAAGACAUCGCACACUCGCUCCCUGCACCUGCCCACUCUCAACCUCACAGAGCGUGAGAAGUUGGAUAACCAGUCUCUGGAUCUGUCGGACGAUGAGGAGCUGAGGGAGCAGAUGGAUAUGCACUCAAUCAUCGUCUCCUGCAUCAACGACGAGCCGCUCUUCACAGCUGAACAGGUGAUAGAGGAGAUAGAAGAGAUGAUGCAGGAGUCUCCAGACCCGGAGGAUGAUGAGAGUCCCUCCCAGUCCGACCUGUCCAUGCUCUCUCAGGACCUCCACGCUCUGAAACGCUCUGGCUCCAACACCAGCUAUGAGGACCGGCUGCGGCAGCUGUCUGUGUCCGAACUGACCGAGACUCUGGAGGAAGUGGAAACAGCCAUCCGCCGCUACAGUGAAGAGCUGAUCCAGGCUCUGGCCCUGCGAGACGAACUGGACUAUGAAAAGGAGGUGAAGAACAGCUUCAUCUCGCUGCUAAUCGACGUACAGAACAGACAGAAGGAGCACCGCGAGCUGCUUCGCAAGAAGAAGAAAAUCCGAAGUACGAAUACAACCGGCCCCAACGGCCAGAGGACAGGCAGCACGCACAUACCAGGCACAUACCUGACCACAGUGAUCCCUUAUGAGAAGAAAGCAGGCUCCCCGUCCGUAGAAGACCUCCAGAUCCUCACAAAGAUCCUCCAUGCCAUGAGGGAUGACAGCGACAAGGUGCCUGCCCUGCUAACAGACUACAUUCUCAAAGCUCUGGUAUGAGAGCAGUGGAAACUGAGUUCUGUGUCCCACGUAAAGCCAAAGGCAGGCCUCGUGUUUCCAGGAACUUCCACUGGACUAUCAGAAGAGGUUUCGAGUAAUCUGGAAGAACACAGAUAAUGGUUUAAAAUCCAAACCUUCCUCCCCAUUUUUCACAACAUAGACUUUAUGUACUUGUGGCAUUUUUCUUUUUACUCUGCCACUGUUGUUGUUCCUAAGAUUUUAACUCUAGAUAUAACUCCUUGGUCUGUAUAGUUCUUUUCAUUCAUUGUCUUUUAACUUUUUAUUGCCUGAGUUCUACAACCUCGUAUAUCCUGACUGCAUGAAGACUUGUCUAUGGAUGCCAGUAAUCAGUAUUAGUCUGAACACCUCACUUCCUGAUUUGCCAGUGGCUCUUGAAUGUGGGCUCUGUGCGCUUCAUCAGCAGACCUGGGUGAGGGAAAUGCAGUCCAAUCUGUUUUGUAAACUGAAUGCAUUUGCCUCUGUGUAGUUCAUUUGUGAGGGGGAAAACAAAUCCUGGCAGAAUCUCUGGAUCUUACAUUGCUAGGCAAGUUGUGGUAUCAAGGAUAAAUCCUGUUUUUACCUAUUUGGAAACCUGUUUACUUUAAUGGCAUUCUUUGAUCAAUUGCAUAUAAUGUCUUGAGGUUAAAAACUGCUUGCUAAGGAUUAAAAAGAGCAAACCUUUAAAUUUAAAAAUCCAAACUUGUAGGCCCAUCUGUCUUGGCAAGUUGGUUUUAAGUCUACACUCAGUAUUAGCAGUUAGUUGAAUGUUAAAAUGAAUUAUUUUGUAUACGAUUAAGUGAAAUUGCACAGUUUUCGGAACUUUUCACUUUUUGAAAAAGGGAAAAAAGUGAAAUGACUUAAGAAAGUAAUAGCUGGAUGAACAAACAUGUAAAGCAUAUUUUUGGAUAAAGAGUUUAGAGUUUUUUUAGUGAGAUUAGGGACUUGGCAUUAGCCACUUUUGUGACCACAUUGCAACAUCAUUUUGUAAAUGCUGUCCAUUGACCUCUGAGCCCUCAAGUAGUGACCCCAUCCCCAACAACUUUAUCACUUCCCCAGGAGUCUUCAUCACAUGAGACUGCAGAUACCUCAUGUCUUACAUUUUUGCAUUAGUAGAUGAUGACCUAUCUGGUCAUAUCCUUAGAUAAAUAGUGUAGUAAAGAUUAUGUCAGAUUUUACAAUUGUGUAGUUUAGCUUCUAUUAUAAGUUGUGGGUUUUCUGUAUCUGUUGACCCUUUAACUGUUGUGUAAAUUUUGGGAAUUUUGUGGUAGCGCUUUAGUCUGUCAGUGAUCUGGUCAUGUAGUUUUGGAAUAUGUGAUGGAUGUACUGCAGUGUGUGUCUCACUAGAUUAGUGUUAGAUGAUGCAGAAAACGUGUUCCACAACAUUUUUUUUGUCAUGCAUCCUGUAACUGUUAUCAGUCAGCCUGGGCAUGAGAAUUUCAGCAGCCUUAAAAGGGCACUCCACUGACUUUUCAAUUUGCCAUCAGUUUGCGGAUCAUAAGGAGCACUACUCAGCCUGUAAAAACAGUUGCACGUUGUCUUCUGUGGCUGUGGAAGAGCUUUGUCAAAAUUGAGAAAAUAACCCUGAUGAUGUCAUAGUGAUGUCAUCAGGGUUAUCUUGGCAUUGGGGCUGGAGACUACAAAUCUAUAACAGACAGUCGAUGUUAAAAACUCAGGCAUGGAAUAUGAAAAAUGUCAUGUUUACCAAGCAGAGAGGGUCUAACAAAAAGAUGCAAUCAAGUUGCAUUGUGGGAAAUGUAGGAUCCAUACUAAGGACUUUGACCAUUCUGUAUUUUUUUUUAAUGUGUCUUUAAAGUCUCCCAGCUUUAUGGCAGUGUAAUAUUAAAUCACUGGAGCACCCUUUUAAACCCAUGUAACACCAAUCUAGCACUGCACUUCAUGCCGCGUCAUCAGCAAGUUGGUACACUAAUGUACAGAUCACCAGCUACUACAGGUGCACCACACACUGUCAGAUCAGGUCUAGUCUAGCUCUCAGGUACGAUCAUCAGUGUUAGAGGUUUAAAAUCUUGUUCUGAAAGGUACUGACACUCCUGAGUCUCUGUUUCUGUUUCUGAGAACAUUUUAACAGCUGGACUUCAAUUUGCUGCACAUGGAUCUUUUCACACUCUAAAUCUCAUUCUAAAUACCUGGACGAGCAGAUGGAGGUAAUCAUGGUAGCCUCUUGACUAAAUCAGGGUAGCAUUACAGAUGUUGAUCAUGUCAAGCUUUUUUGAAACACGGUUAUAGAAGUCCUAGACUCUGCUUAGUAGUAAUAGUAGUAGGUGUAGCUAGCAGAUCAACGGCACAUGCGAAGGGCUCUCAGUAGCAUUUGCUCGGUGUAGCAGUCUAGUGAUGAUAACGUAGAUUCAGUUGUAACAUCUAGCAGCAAACUUCAGUUUAUCAGAAAAUCAGUGGUUGAUUUGUAAGAGGAAGAUGAUACUCUUGAAAAAGGAAUGUACUUUUACUAGUUGAAAAUGUGAAGCAGGGCUUUGAUGCUCGUAGCCAAAAGAAAAGGGCAUAAGAGGAGGAAAAGGGGUGCAAUAAAGAUUGUGGAUGUUGGGGAAGAUUGCACAAAGGGUUGCUUAAACAUGAGGGGUCCAUUUAUUCUUUUGUAAGGGAUGGCAAAAGCUGUAGUCCUAUAUUUAACUAUUUAUUUGUACUGUUGCCAGCUUUGAAAACAUUCAAAACCUAGCAUGUGCCGCAUGCACUUUACUGCUGCAAACAUGUUUAUAAUAAUUAAUUUUUUGUUUGUUUGUUUACGGACAUAAUAUCACACUAAAGGGAGAAGUGCACGUUGCAAUGAAAUGCAGAAAACCUUAAAACAAAUAAGCAUAUAAUCUUAAGUGGUAUAAAGAUGUGAAAUAGGGCAAAGAAAAACUCUUGUUAAUAAUCUGGUAAAUCAAAAGUUUCAGUGAAAAUGGUUACAACACCAACUGUGGAAAUUUAUGUUUCGUUUUAUAAUGAAAUGGCAGUCAGCACCGAGGUCACUGAAGGACUUCGUCUCAGGCCAGAGCCCCUCAUCUGGUCUCUUCUUAGCAGACACAUCAGUGUAACUACAAUUUAGAGAUUUAUAUUUAUAUAUGUACAAAAAGCAACGAAAAAAGAGGCUGCCUUUGUAAAUGCCUGAAAAUUUUUUGUAAAUUAAACCAAUUCCUUUUUGUUUUUAAUGCAAUAUAAUCCCCCAAUUUGGGGUUUUAUGUUUACUGUCUCAUGUGGUACUGCAGUAUAUUAAUUUAUUAUGUAAAUGUUCAUUUUGUAACCAUAUUAUUGACUGUAAUGGUACAAGUGUUUGUGCCCACAUUGCAUUGCAGCUCAUUUCAAAUAAAUUAAUAAGUGAAAACUUUAA